CUGACAAUUAGUAAAGAAAAAUUCAGCUUUUCAAUCAAAACAAAGGAAUAUUAUUUACUAUAAAGCUUUUGUAAUAGUUUCACAACUAUAAUAUGAAAGAUGAUUAUUUUUCUUAGUGAGUUACAAAAAGAACAUCUCGAUGUAUUGCAUAAGCAAUCUUUGCAAGUUCUUGUUGACUUCUGUAAACUUACUAUAGAUUACUUAAAUAAUGGAAUUAAUAGCGAGAAAUAUACCAUUGCCGCCGAGAAAUUGGGGAUAUCAGUGGCUUAUAUACAAAAUUUAAUUCAAGCUCUAGCCUAUUUAAUAUUAGAAGGAUGUAAGCAUAAUUUAUCAGAAACAGAUUUUAAGUCAUCACUAGCGUUAGCAGGAUUUUCAAAUGAACACCAGCAAGUUUUACUAAAGUUAUAUAUUACUAAGAAAGAUGAAUUGUCAAGUGCAUUAAACAUACUUCAACAGAAAGACCCAAGCUAUCAGGAUUUGACAUGGCGAUUUGAAAUUCAGAUGGCAUCUAGAAGAUGUAAUAAUAUGAUCAAACCAAUGAUUACCCUCAAUUUAGUUGUCACAAUACCUAAGAACUUUGGUCAAACCAUAGAUUAUAAAUACAAAAACGAUGUCAAAAACUUAACUUCGGUACAUAUUAAUUCUUCUAUACAAAAUGCUAAAACAGCCAGCCAAUGUCAAAGAAUGAUCAACCACUUUUUAUUGCAAUGUGAUUUACCAAAUCUAAUACAUCUCACAAAUAAAUUAGAACAAGCCUUAAAAGAAUCCAAGAGCCAACAUGUUAGGAAAGUGCAAAGAGCUUUGUAAUUUUAUUACAAGCAACACAUAUGCAAUGGCAGUACCAAGUAGUAAUAUAUGGCUGCUUGCUUAGUGCCACCUUAUGAUAAAAAAGAAGAAAAAAUAGUACCAAAAUAAUAUGACGUGUGUAUAUUAUUGAUUAAUUAAUUUAAAAGAUGAGCAUUUCUAAUUCAUACACAUUCCUGUUCAUGUCUUUAUAUUUAUCUUUUUUCUGAACUGGCAUUAUAUCUUUAGCAUUAAAUAUAAUUUAAACAUUUAUUAAAAAGUAAUAAAAGAAAGUGAUACAUA